UUAUUGUUUUGCUUGUUGAUAUUUGUUAAAUUGCAUCACUUUAAAUUUCUUGUUUUCAAUAAUUUUCUUGAUAAAUUUUUUGAAUAACAUCAAAUUAAAAAUGGGAAAACACGAACCAUUAACGGCCAAAGCAAUUGGCAAACGUAUUAAAGCAAAAGGAUUACAAAAAUUGAAAUUUUAUUGUCAAAUGUGUCAAAAACAAUGCCGUGAUGCGAAUGGAUUCAAAUGUCAUCUUACAUCGGAGGCCCAUCAACGACAAUUGCUAUUAUUCUCAGAGAAUCCGAAUCGUUAUAUGGAUGAAUUUUCUUCGGAUUUCCUCAAAGAUUUUCUACAUCUAUUGAAACGUCGUUAUUCUACAAAACGAGUGCUUGCCAAUCAGGUAUACCAAGAAUACAUUAAAGAUCGUGAUCAUUUGCAUAUGAAUUCAACUCGAUGGUGUACGUUAACUGGAUUAGUUAAAUGGAUGGGACGAAAAGGAAUUUGUCAUGUAGAGAACAACGAGAAAGGCUGGUUUAUCACCUACAUCGAUCGUGAUCCAGAAACUUUGCUUCGCAACGAGAAUAAAGCUAAAAAAGAAAAAAUGUUUCGUGAUGACGAUGAACGUCAGGCACAAUUAAUACAAGAACAAAUUGAACGCGGUAAACGCUCGGAAAUUGAAUAUCGAUUGCGUAAUAGCCAAAACACCGAUGAUACCGAUCAAGAAUCAAAUCAAUCAUCCAAACAAAUAUUAGUAAAAGAAGAUCCAGAUCAAAAGAUAACGUUUUCUUUGGCUGUUAAAAAAUCUUUAAAUUGUCAGCCAAUAGCAACAAUUUUCAAUAACGUCAAGCCAUUGGAUUCAAUUUCCAGUAAAACACAGAAUAAAGUCGAUACUGAAAAGAAAAGCUCAUUGGAAUCAAAAUCCAAAUCAAAGAAAUCUGCUCUCGAAGAGAUACUCGAAGAACAAGAAAGAUGGAAAGCUCGUAAAGCUGCUUCACAACAUCGUUCGAAUAAUAAUAGUGGACCAUACAAAUCGGAAACCUGGAUGCAACCGGGCAUCAUCGUAAGAAUUGUGACUAAACAACUAGGAUCUGAAUAUUACGAAAAAAAAGCUCGAAUCGAAUCGAUAGAAUCGCCAGGUUAUGCUGCCAUCAUAAAGUUAUUAUCAAAUGGAGAUUUGAUUCGUGUGGAUGAACGUCAUCUAGAGACAGUGGUACCGAGUAAAUCUGGUUCCAAAGUGAUGAUACUCAAAGGCUUAUAUCGAGGACAAUUGGCCACUAUUGUUCGGGUGGAUGAACAAAACGAAAAAUUUUAGUUACCAUUGAUAGUCGAUCAUCGGGUUCCUCCGAACCAAUUCAUUGUAAUUUCGACCAAAUUUCUAAAUAUGAUGAUUUGAAUUAAAUUAUGAAUUUUUGUUUUUUUGUAAAUAAAAAUAUGCCAAAUUAGAUAACAUA